CCAACGCACACACAGUAGUUAAGACCAGAACUUAAAAAGGCAGACCCUAAAGUUUGGUUUGAAAUUCUCCCUACAAUCUUUUUAUGGUACCUGUCUUCGAGCUUCCUAAGUCGCCAUGCUCAAGUUUCCAGUGAUUCUUUUGUUGUUUGUGUACCUGUGUAUGGACUGUCUGCUUGGUGAAGUAGCAUCAGAGAGGGAAAAUGACGUGUGCCAUAGAAGACUUGGAAUGGAGGACGGGACCAUACAAGAUUUAGACAUCACUUCGUCGUCUGUAGCUACCCUUGUCGGGAUAUGGUGGCCUUGGUACGCGCGGUUAAACGGAGACUUUGCCUGGCUGCCGCAUCUCUACCUGACCACGGCGUCAUGGAUACAGGUGGAUCUGAAGGAACUGAAGACUGUCACCGGUGUCAUCACACAAGGGUACGACGGCCCGCAUCAACAGUACUGGAUAACAACUUACCACAUUCUCUACCUGGACACCAGUCUGAGAUGGGAUAUCAUCAGAGACGAGGAGAGUGCCACGACUUUCAUCGGGAACACCGACGCAGCUGGACAGAAGACGAACAUGUUUGACAGACCGAUUGUCACACGGUUGAUCAGACUACAGCCGGCGACUUGGGACGGACUGCCAGCUCUCCGGAUGGAGCUCCUAGGUUGUGACUUUAUCGGACCUAUAGGACCAGCUGAGGUGGCCUCUCCUGCAAGCAACUCGCCGCCAUACGCAGACACGAGGACAGGACAGCCGACAUCGUCAGCACAAGCUUCAACAGCCUCCAAAAAUGGCGCCAGCAUUGGGCGUACAGUGGCAGCAGGAGUCGCUACUCUUAUCAUAAAGAUCCUGUACGGUAGCCUCGCACCAUCCUGGCAUUGGUAAUGACGUCUACGUCUACGAGAAUAUGCUAAUGAGGACGCCUUGCGGAAUUCGGAAGAACAGCAGUCUGCUGUGUUCAAAGAUGGACAUUGGUCUUCUACAACCGUGCACCUUGCGGAAAUUAUCAAGUGGUCUGGCCUGUUGUGAAACGAGAGUUCGCCUUUUUGAAGCUGAACUUCUCAAUGCGUCAAUGCGCCCCAUGUACCUUGUAAAUAUAAAUACUUUAUUUACCAGCUACAAAUGUAUUUUUAGAUGUCAGCAUAAUGACAAAGGAACACAGUCAAUGUGAAUUUCACGCAUUUCAGUUCUUGGUGAGAAAUAUCCAUGAAAUGAUUGACUGGUCGUGUGGAUAGUAAUUAUUAUAUUGAC